UCUCACCCUGCAGCGUGCCCCUGCCACGUGUGGCAGCUGGACCCGGAGCCCGCACAGCAGGGAAGAGAGACUGAGGCUGGGAAGGAGGCGCGUCGGUCAGCCCAGCUUAGCUGUGGCAGUGGCAGCCAGGAAAGGCAUGGUGAUGGCCUCCCCGUUCACCAGUAGCCCGGUGACCAUCCUCACCACAGCUCGGCCAGGCUUCCUGGGCGGCUGGCUGAACCGGAUCCCAUUACCCAAAUGGGUGCUCAUCGCCGUGGCUGUGGCAGUGGGAGUUCUUCUCCUCCCCUUCCUCAUCUGCAUUGUCAGGUGCUGCUGUGGCAAGAAGAAGCCCAAGAAGAAGGAGAGAGUCAGCAUGUGUGCCGUCAGCAGCUCCACCACAGCCAGCCUCGUCCAGCCCGAGAUGGAGGACCUGGAGCGGGGCACAGAGCAGAUGGGGCGAGGAAAGCUGCAGUACUCCCUAGAGUACAACUUCCGUGCGCAGGAGUUGAAAGUCGGAGUGAAGCAGGCAGCCAAGCUGAAGGCCAUGGACAGCGGAGGCACAUCCGAUCCAUAUGUGAUCAUCUACCUAACGUCUGAUACAAAGAAGAGGUACGAGACCAAGGUUUACCGCAAGACCCUGAACCCGGUCUUCAAUGAGAGCUUCACUUUCCAGGUACCCCAGGCGGAGGUGCCUGAGUCCACGCUGGUGAUGCAGAUCUAUGACUUCAACCGCUUUGCCAAGCACGACAUCAUCGGCGAGGUCCGGCUGCCCCUGGCCAGUGUCAGCCUGCAGCAUGUCAUCGAGCAGUGGAGCGACCUGGCAGCGGCCGGUAAAGUGGAGGAAGAGCAGCUGGGCGAGAUCUGCUUCUCGCUGCGCUACGUCCCCAGCACCGGCAAGCUGACUGUGCUCAUCCUGGAAGCCAAGAAACUGAAGCGGAUGAACUCCCAUGGGCUCUCAGAUCCUUUUGUCAAGGUGCAUCUCAUCCUGAACAGGAGGAAAUGGAAGAAGAAAAUGACAAGUGUGAAGAAAAACACCUUAAGACCUUACUUCAAUGAGGUGUUUGUUUUUGAGGUGCCUUUCAAUCAGAUCAAGAAUGUGGACGUGGUCAUCUCCGUCUGGGAUCACGACAAAGUGACCAAGAACGAGCCCAUCGGCAAACUCUUCCUGGGCUGCCGAGCCACAGGCAACCAGCUGCGGCACUGGUCUGACAUGCUGUCCAACCCACGCCGGCCCCUCACCCAGUGGCACAGCCUGCAGCCCCCAGAUGUGGUCGACAAAGCCCUGGGGCUAAAGUCCCACCUCAAGCUGCCCCUGCCCCCCAGAUAGUGGGGAGUCUCCUCCUCCACCCAGGGGGAAGGAUGGAGGGCUUGUGGAGGGAUGAGGGGCUUCUGCUCAGCAACAUCUAGACAUGUUGGUCCCUGCUCAGUGUCAGCAGAGGGGAAUGGGAGCGCUUUUUGGCUAAGAGAUGAUCUGGCUGCUGGUGCAGCUCAUGCCCUGUGUAAUGCCCAGAGCGGGGCAGCUCGGCAGCCCAGGGCAAGGCUGGAUGUGGAGAAUACUAGAGGGGAUGGCAUGGGCACAGGAGCUGGCUCAUCCCAGCUGCUCGCAGG